AUGUCUCCAUAUCAACUGGUGUAUAGAAAGGCUUGUCAUCUGCCAGUGGAGCUUGAAUACAAAGCAUUAUGGGCUCUCAAGUUACUGAACCUUGAUAAUAAUGCUGUUGGUGAAAGAAGGAUCAUGCAACUGCAUGAAUUGGAAGAAUUCAGAUCCCAAUCCUAUGAUAAUGCCAAGAUUUAUAUGGAGAAGGAAAAGAAAUGGCAUGACCUCAAAUUGGCACCUAGGAGAUUUGAAGAAGGACAGAGAGUCCUCCUCUACAAUUCCAAGUUAAAGCUCUUUCCUGGAAAGUUAAAGUUAAGGUGGUCAGGACCCUUUCUUGUCACCAAGGUUUCACCUUAUGGCCACAUAGAAAUUAUGGAAGAAAGCUCACAACAGACCUUUACUGUAAAUGGAAAAAAGGCUCAAAUACUAUCUAGGCAACAUGGGGGAAAGCCCUAA